AUGAUCUCCUCCGGCUUCACGAACGCACCCGUAUCGCAGUUUCUUGUCUUCUCGACCGUCGUUGGCGCUUUGAUUGCGACACUCACAGACACGAGAUAUUACCUACAUCUCCAAGUCGUUCCACACCUCUUCAAAUAUGGACAGCUUUGGCGUGUUCUAACAUGGCAGCUAUGCUUCACAAAUUCCACCGAGGUCCUCUUUGGCGUCUUGACGUUUUAUCAAUUACGAGUUGUCGAGCGACUAUGGGGGAGUAGAAAGUUUGCCUCCUUCCUCCUCUCAACCCUCCCUUACACGACCGUUCUCCCACCACUUAUCCUUACAUUCGUCCUCCGCCCCUUGUCCUUCGGCCGCAUAAAUACUCUCCCAGCAGGUCCAACUCCUCUGCUCUUCGCCCUUCUCGCAAACUACUAUGCCGCAAUCCCAUACACCUACCGCUACAAGAUCUCGCCUUUCGCACCCACACCCACAUCUUCUACCUCCCUCUUCGCCCGCAGCUUGACCCUCACCUCGAAAUCCAUAUCCUACCUCGCUCCACUACAACUUGCCUUCUCACAGUUCCCUGGCUCUCUUCUCGCUGCGGCGGUCGGCUGGGCGGUUGGCACUGGUUACAGACGGGACAUACUGCCGUACGCGGCGAGUUGGCGUGUUCCAGGGUGGGUGGUGGGUGAGAAGAGGAAGGGCGGAUUCGAGGGCUUGAGGGCCCGACUU